AUGCGCGCUUUUCAUGAUGAGGCAAGAAUAUUCACAGACCUGUACCGAAAGUAUACGUGUGGAAACAACUUCGUCCAACCGCUGUCUGACAUCCAAGCGCUAUUCAUCUUCAUUUCUUCUUGGGUUUACAUGAUGAGCCUCAGCUAA